AUGUCUGAAGUUUUCAAUAGUUACGAAGUAGAAUUUGAAAAAUAUUAAUAAUAAGUUUGUUCAUUAAUUCAAUAAAUAUAAAUCAAUAAAUCAGAUGAAGCUUUAAUUGAAAUAGAUUCAAUUUUUAGUGAUUUGCAGAAUUGUGUAUAAUAUAUAUUUAAUUUGUAUAGUUACAAUAAAUGGAUAUAGAGUCAGCCAGUAUAGCAGUUUCAGAUAGAUAAGAAUUAAAAAAUAAAGUUAAAAGAUAUAAAUCAGAAACUGAAACAUUAAAAAAACAAUUUAGAAUACUUUAAGAUGAAAUUGUAUCUCAAAAAACUAAAGAUUCUUUAUUUGGUGAAUAAGAUAAUCAAUAAAUACAAUUUAUAAAUACAUAAGAUAAAUUAGUCAAAUAAACAUUAUAAUUAGAAGAUGCAAAGAAAGUAUGUUUUGAAAUAGAAUCCAUUUCUAAUAAUAUUUAAGUUUAAUUAAAAAGUUAAUCUGAUACUUUAGAUAGGAAUAUCAAUAAAAUGCCAGAAAUAUAAUAUGACUUAGGAGAAUCAAAUAGUCGUUUAUCAAGAAUUUAAUCAAAGAUGAGAGAACAUAAAAUAAUAUUCUUAAUUGUUUUAGCUAUUUUUUUGACUGGUAUUUCAAUAGUAUUAGUUUAUAAAUAUGCUUGA